AUGCAUCCCAUCGUGCAUCACCCUGUUGUGAAGCGGCUUUCAGAGCUGUUCGACGACACAGAUGUUACUACUCGCCUUGCCUCUACGUUAACGUCUCUCAGCCCACACAGUGAGGAACUCUGCUUGCGUAUUGACGCUGUAAUAUGUACUUCGGAUAGUAUCAGGUCCAAUGUUAGCACGGCGAAUGAUAAAUCACUAUCCUUGGGAUGGUUGAGCGUGGACAACAAUCGUGCCUUGACUAUCACACCAAAACAGGUUGCCUCCCUCGAAUCUCCUGUACCGUCGAGCUGCAAUCCACAGCCCGGGCAUGCUGGUGGCCCAGAGACGCCCCAAUCCAUACCCGUGGACAAAUCCAGCCCAAGGCACAAGGCUGUUGGUGGUCUUCGACCAAAGAAACCGUCCAUAUCAGCGGUGACAGAAGACAUUGAUUCUGACAACGACGCAGACGCUGAGAGCUGUUUACGACCUGCCAAUGUGCGAAUCGAACCAUCAAUACGUCAGCUUCAAAGUGAUACACGUUUUCCUCAGCGCAAGCGGCGGGCGAAUGACUCGGCCACCCCCACUUUGCAGCCUUCUUCUAUCGAUAAGUUGAUCUCAGGAAUCUGGCGACAAGUGCACUCUCCUGUCACCCUCAGUGUUACAUUUCCAGAUCGGAGUCCAGAAUUCAGUCUGCGCACUGGCGUGAGUCAAGAAGUCUUCCGAGCAAUCAACGGCCUCUGCAAGAAAUACUAUGACCAGAAUCGAUCGUCACGGGCCCUCGAAAUGGUCGUACAGGCCUAUUGGGUCGAAUGUUAUGAAGCGCGCAUUGCAUCAAUUCGCCUGGAACAUCCUAGCUUCACGAACGCUGAAGCUCGAAUGACAGCAUUGAAAGAAGCCUGCAGCACACUAGGGUGGCAGGAAAAGGAGCUCCGAAACAGGAUGGCAAUCUGGCGUGGCUACAAGGAAAUAAAGGACUCUGGUGGCUGGGCCAGUCUGAUAUUUGCUGGCACUGGGGUCUAUCGCUUCUGCAAAUACAGGAUCGGGUUUGACAAUGGGCUGACCACCCGGCUCCGUUCUAUCGCUUCCAGUCUUGAAGUGGCGGCAGAUACCCUUCACCCUGGAUGGCGAGACAUCUUACGCGUCGUUAGCCAGAGCGGACCCUGUCGUUACUCCGGUCAUCCUCAUGAAUGGGUCACUGUCGAUACUGGACCAGCAUGGCCACUCAGCACCACCUAUGCUCAUCUACUUCUGCCAGACGGUUUUAACUACCGAUUUAUGGACGACUGCGUCAUUGACCAGAAUGUGUUCGGUACUACCGAUCCACGGCGCAUUCCGGGAGUAGAUCCAGAGGUCUGUCAAAUAUGCAAGGAAAAGCAGAGCGACGAUGUGAUCUCCAACCAUUGCACAUGUUUCCUUGUCUUAUUCGGCGGCAUUCGCUAUCCGCCUCCUAUCCAAUUGUAUUCCACAGGUAGUGGUAAGAACAACGGAGUCAUCGCGCGUUGUGAAUUUGAAAGAGGCACUGCUAUCGCCGAGUUCGUUGGUCUCAUCACGAACGGAAUUGACGGCUUGGACGUGAUGAUGGGCGGGACGCCAGAACGGCCAUAUCAAAUCUUCCAAGGCCACACGGGCAAUUUCACCCGCUUUAUAAACCACUCCUGUCAGCCGAACAGUCAGUUCCAGAAGUUCUACUGGUGUGGGGUCGAGCGUAUACUUGUUGUCUCUCGCGGUGUCCCAGCUGGAAGUGAGAUCACUGUCGAUUACUCGGAUUCAUACUGGAAGAAGCUGAAGAAGAACUGCCUCUGUGGUGAACCGAGCUGUCGGUUUACCCGCCAGGUGGAGCCCAGUUAG